CAUUCACAAAGGCACCGGCUCGGCUUGAGCGAUCCAUGUCGGCUGCUGGCGCGGGCGCUGCGGGGUUUGCUGCCCAGCUCGCAUCCGCAGCACAUCAACCACCUCAGCCACCGAUGCACUUCCAGGGUGGACCACCCGGCACAUCCACCCCUCCUGCGCCGCCGAUGAUGAUGACGACGGCAGCCCCAGCGUCUGCAGCAUCGCCAUCGGGCCUGAGCGUUGGUCAUCAGUACUUUCCCGCCACGCAGCGGCCCCUCUCGCCUGGAGCAGCUGCAGCCACAGCCAAUGCCACCAAGCCCAGCCAGACCACACUCCCGCUCUACAUUCGCCAUGUGCUUCCGUCUGCGGCGACGGUGGGCGCGCUGCACUGCAGACUCAGCUCGCCGUUCGCCUCCAAUCUCGUUGUCAAUCGCGGCACGCACGUCCUGAUUUACGAGUGCGAGCUGACAGGCACCAGCAGCACAACUACUACUACUACUACUACUACUGCUACUUCUACUACUACUUCUACUGCUGGGUCGAACGCGUCUCAAGCACCUCACCAGAAGCAUCGGCACCCUUAUUCCACAGAUGGCUCAUCGGAGCAGCCGGAUCAAGCCAACCACCACCACGUGAGCGAGCACAACGACGACAACGACGACGACGACGACGACGAGGACGAGCAACAUUCGCACGUCAACUUGGACGCAAAGUACAGCGCAAGGUUGCGAUUACUCAGCGAGGCGUCCGUCAAUAACACAUUCUUACACACGAUCGAGGUCGUGCGCUGGCCGGGCAUUCCGGUCGACCUGCUGUGGGCCGUUUCGCCGUGGCUGGACGCCUUCCUGCUCUGCUGGGAUCCCGCCACAAACGGAUUGGCAUGUCUAUGGACGGCCUGGCUGCGACCGUACGUUGCCGGUGCGCUCAGCACUUCUGGCCUGGACGUUGGCCCCGUUUCAUUCUCGGGACCAGCCCACAGACCCGACGCACCACCGCCAGCCGCUGCCUCGCCCUCCGAAGCAGACUCUGCGCAUACUACCGAAAGAAACGCUGCUCACCACCAUUCAGAGUUGCCCACCGCAUCUUCCUCCACCUCUGAGCCCGAUGCGCCCUUUAUUGCCAUGCUGCAGCAGCGCAGCCGCGUCCACUACACUGGCCAGUACGUCGCCUUUGCGUUUGUCCACUCGACGCUUCAUGUCGCCAGACUGCAGCUUGAAAGUCUGCGGUACUGUGGGCCUCAAGUUGGCAUGGUUGGCACCACGACCGUGUCCUGUCUGACCUUCACCACAGAUCUGCCGCUGUCACUGCUGGAUUUUGCCUUUGUUUGCUCGCCUUCCGCCGCUGGACGACAGGACGGCGAGUCGUCUGAAGACCCUCAGAGUACUGCAGCCGAAUCUCUCCGAGAGGAGAACAAUGACGACGCCGAGACACCGGAGGACAGCGACAAUGACGACGAGAGCGAAGACAAGGUCGAAACCAACGUCAUCCCUGCCGGCUCGGCCCCAGCCGAACCCACCGGUGGUGGUGCGCAUUCUGCAGGGGGACCACCGCGUCCAAUCCGACGCAGCUCCGCCCUGUUGGACGAUCAUCAGAACACCCACCCCGAACGGCAAGUGCUGGGCGCCCUGCUGUCCACGUCCCCAACGGCGCCGUCGUCGCAAGUAUAUUUCGCCAUGCUCACACAAGAUGCCAGGCACCACGCCCACGUGCUAAUGUUUGAACUCGACAUUGAGCAAGGGGAGUUGAAACUGGUGAGCGCUGCAGCUUGUUCCGACCCCUCCGUGACGACACUCGUGUCACGGCAGCACUCGGCAGCAACCACGAUUGCCCCGCCAAUACUGGCCACCGCUGCACGGCUCUUGCAGCCCGUUCUUUCGACUUCAGCGACCGCUGGCGCCCCUUCUGCUUGGCUGGCGGGGUUGUUUGAAGGUGGGCUCGACUGGAUGACCCAGACAGCUGCCGCCCUCGCAACCAACAUGGCCAGUGUGUUUGCUCGUUUGCAAGCCCGCGCUACGGCUCUUGGUGGGACUGACGACGAACGCUCGACAAGGCGCGUGUCUUUUGAUCUUUUAAGCACAACAUUGCGAGGCCCCAGUUCUGCGGUGGAGGCUGCUCCGAAUCGAUCCAAUGCAGAGUCGUCUGCUGUCGGGCCUUCAGGCUCGUCUGGCGCCAUUGUUGUGACCGUGGACGACAGCAACGACGACGCCGCGCCCGGCACUGCCGCCGGCCCUUCCAUUGAAGCCGGUUCCUCCAUCCAGCAGCGAGAAGACGCCAGCUCGUUCAUGGAAACAUCGCCCAAAGCAAUCCGUCGCUUUCUUGCGUCGUUGGUAUUCUCUGCACCUCAUUUGGAUGGUGUUGAUUGCGUGGCGGCGUUUACCAUGACUCAUUACGACGGUGGGCUGCUUCGGGCCUCCACGUUUGUCCCCAGCUCGUCCUCCGAUCUAUUCGUCCCCAUCGAAGCGCAGCCACCACCGAGUCACCCCAGCGGUGGUGGUUUGGUGGCCUCUUCUUCAUCGCAGCAUUCCGUUGUGGUGACGUUGAGCGACGAUGGCGCAACUCGGCACGACGCAGAAGCAGGCGCUGCUGGCGAUGCCGACGACGCCGACGAAGAUUACCACAAGGAUUACAUUGUGGACGAGUUGGCGACAAGCGCCACACCCGCCUUGCCCUUGCAGCAACCGCCUCAGGUCUUGGAUGUCAGUGAAGUGAGCAACAAUCCAGUUUGCGUCGCGAUUGUCGACGACGAGCAUCACGUCGUCGGGUAUGAGAGCGGCCGGUUGGUGCUCGUCAAGGUCCGCCGCAAGCAACGCUCGGGUAAAGCACAUGCUGUGCGCUACACAACCUUUCUUGAGCUUGUGCCUGCCCGCAGCGCGCUCCCUGCUGCCAAUUCGCUCGCAGUUUUACUUUCUACCCCCGCAGCGCUCACGCUAGAUCAGCGUCGUGCCAAUCGUCAGCGUGUGCGCUUGCAAGAGACUCUGCAAGAGCCGUCGGGUGUCGCUCGAUCGUCGUCGAGCAUUUCGCCCAUCCAAGAGCAGAUGCUGCUCGCACCCCCAAUCCCGCCUGCAGCCGCACGAUGGCGUCGGUGGUGGCCCUUUCGCCUGUUCUAUCGUCGUCGAAUCCAGCGAGAGGUCCCACAAAAGACGGUUCCGAACGCCCUCACCAAGCCAUGGCCAAACCAGCUGGUGAUUUUUGUCGGGUCGUCAAGUGGCGAUUCUCAGUUGUUGGAGAUUGAUCUGACGCGCUUGAUUGCCCGUCGACUGGCGCGGGAUUCGGAUGCCCAUGGCCCCUCGUUUCCUCACGUGCAUGCUGGUGCAGAAACAACGACCGUGGCUCCUGGAGUUGUUUCCCGUCGGUUCUCCUUUGAGCGCGCGUUAGCAAUGGACGUCGAUGGUUUGGGGCCGCAGCCAGUGGCGGCUUCUUCCGCUUUGAAUCUGCCUUCAUCAACCCAAGGAAAUAGUCAUGGGCAGCAGCACCCUUCGAAUCUUCGAGACGAGGGCGCCCGACCUGCUGCUGCGACAGCCGACACCAUCUCCAUCGCCUCCUCUGUGUUUUCAUUAUUUCCCUCGCUUCCAUUUGCGACUACGGUUCGCAGCUUGCCAUCGCUCAUGAUUCUCUCACGACAGCACCAGCUCCAGUCGAGGGCGCUGAAGGCUGGAAGCUUUUUACGGGUCAUUCAAGCCUUCAAAUCGCUGGGUCCGUGUCACAACGCGUUUGCCUUUUCAGCGCUGCCCUCACGAGAAGGCCCCCACCCUCAAAGCCAUGGCAACAUGGGCGUGCCGUCAAGCACCAGUGCAUUCUUCAGGCGAACCCGCGAUACGCCACUGCUCGCCACGAUUGCUGCAGGCAGCGGCCACACUGGUGCCAUCGGACUGCUUCGCUCUGGCGUCUCGUUGAUAGAGCAUGCCAGCAUCGAUAUGCUUGGCUUGAGCGGCAUCUGGCAUGUUCGACAGCAGGUUCACAAGCCAGGCCACAAUCAUCAGCGCGCAGAGGCGCUCGCCAAACUACUUUCGCGUUUGACCAAUUCCUCUGAGGCGGCGUCGCGUCGUGCUGCCAUCACUCCCAGUCUUCUUCCGUUGAAUGCCGUCCACGACUUGGUGGUUCUCAGCUUUCUGGGUGGCCAAACACGAGUCAUGCUCUUGGAUGAAGAGAUGGUCGAGGUGUCGCUUCCCGGGCUGGCCUCCAGCACUUCCACCGUGUACAUUGGUCCUCUGACACCCGCUCGCUCUCUUGCGUCUGAAGCGUCUCUUCCUGCAGCAGUGGAAGGACCGCCACAAACAUCUUGGCUUGUUCAGGCGACUCCGAAAUCUGUUCGGCUGUUCCCUCUGGUCCCUUCAUGUCCGGCGUGUGCCUCGUGCGAUUCGAACGGUGGCUGUGAUGGCUGCAGUACCGAGUCAUUGUCGUCUGAUGCGGCCCAGAUGCACGCUCGCUCUCGGUCCAUGGAAGCCAAUUCCAACUCUGCAAGCCGCCAUCGUCGCUCCAACUCUGGCGGUGAGUUUGGACUGCUUGGCUCAGCUGCCUCUGGAUCUUCGCCGCAUGUCCACAUUGACCAGAUGCAGGCUUCGGCCACGACAAGUAGCGCGCCACAUGCCAGGAGACCAGCUCCUGCUGCGGCGAGCAAUUCCAUCUGGGAGCCUCCACGCGGUGGCGACAUCCUGAGGUGUAUUACCUCCGGAGCUCAUGUGAUUGUGGUGCUUUCCACGCAAGAAGUCUGUGUGCUGCAGCUCACGAUCGAUUCUGUGGGAAUGGCAAGCCUGACAAGCCGAACCUCGGCCAAAUUUCCGCACGAUCUUUCGGCAAUGGCAGCCUACGAGUGCCCCGUCGAGUUGUUAAAGGCGCCCGAGAAGGGCUUUGGAGCAUUGUUCGGGUCGGUUUCACGCCCUCAAUCGCCUGCGGUGGUUGUGACGACGAGUACGAGCUCAGCAGCAGCAGCAGCAGCAGCAGCAGCAGCAGCAGCAGCAGAUCCGACCUCGUCCAGGGUCCCCGCGGGUGGAGCUACGACCGCAGAAGCCACACUGCCACAAUCUCAAUCAGUUGCACCAAAAGCAACGACGCUGGUUGCAAUUAGCCUGUGGAAAACCAUGGAUGUGCUGGUGUUUCAACUGCCUGGAAUGGAGCUGGUGGCGCAGCAUCGGUUUGCGGGCGACGUUGUUGUCCGUUCGCUCGCUCUGCAUGCAAUUGAAGGUCGCAUCAAGCUUUUUGUCGGCCUUGCAGACGGACACUUGGUGCAAUUCACCUUGGUGCCACGCAGCGUUGUUGCCGGCACAAAGUGCGAGCUCGAGUUUGCCGAGCGGCGUGCUGUUCUGGUCGGCUCGUCGCCGCUGACUUUGGAAGUGUUCCCGCUGGCCGGCCCUGCAGACAACGACCAUGGCGAGUCUGUAGAAGCCGGAAGACCCCCCGUGGGUCUCUUGGUGUGCUGUGACAAGCCCGCUCUCGUUCUUCCAGGCAAAACCGACAGCCAAACGCAGGUUUUGCCUCUCAACAUUGCCCUGGCCGAGAAAUCUUGCUGCUUUUCCAGCGCCCUCUUUCGUCAAUCCACUCUGCUGCUUGCCGCCCAAGGUCGAAUCUCUGUGGCAACGUUUGCUCAGCUGGACGGCAAGCAGCUGCACGCCGAAAAGCUGCUGCUCGGCGCGACCCCCUUGGCCAUUACUGGACUCCCGCAGCCACUGCCAGAGCUCGAGCAAGGGCGUGGGCUCGGGGAGUACGCGCUCGAGCGCGCUCGUUGGUGCGUCACUGUUCUGCUUGCUCCGGGCUCGGAUAACGUGACGCAAGCGCAGCGUAUUUGUGUGGUUGAUACCGAGACUGCAACUGUUCAAGGCUCCGUCCGCUUGCCAACAGAUCGUGCCGCGCACGAGCUCGUCAACUGCACGCUUGAUUCGGCUCCAGUGACGCGUCUGGCAUCAUCGCCCGAGCCUGUCGACAGCGGAGCUGGCGUUUCCUUUGCCCCAACGAGCUCGACAGGCGAUGAAGCAAGCGCUCAACCUUUUGUGGAUUCUGCGUGGCAGCUAGUCGAGCAAACAGCUUCCGCAAACGGGGUGCUGUCGUUGACUGUCGCGCCCGAGCUGCUGGUGGCCGAUCAUGCCCUGACGCAAGCGGAUGGCCCGUUUCAGGCGCUUCCAUCUCGAGCACGCGAAGUCGUGCAUCGCUUGGUGCUUGUCGACCAGCGCGUUGGUGAUGCUCAACAACCGAACGCACUCCACGAGGCGAAAACCCGCCUCCAACUCUUGAGCGUGACUGCAGCGUCUGCCGAACCCAAUCACGCAUCCAUGCUCAACCUGCAGUCGAGCGACACUCGCUCGCUCGCCAGCCAAAGCAUUGGGCCAGGAGGCAGUCUCUCCGCUCCAUUGAUCUCCGUCGCGGUUGAAGCGCAGCUCGAGCUGCAAGGCACGGUGUUGUGUGCUCUAGAGUUUAUGGGACAUUUAUUGAUUGCUCUGGGCAAUAAGCUGCGUCUGUACCAACAUUGCCGUGUGUUCCCGCACGACGGCGUCGGUGACGAUGUCCGAUCGGUGGCAGAAGAGGAGGCCCUCGAAUUGGUGUGUGAGUACUCUUCCGCCACCUGCAUUGUCCAGGUCAGCCCUGCCAACGCCGGUCACCCGCAUGAAGCUCGGUUGCUCGUCGUUGACGCAGUCAUGGGGGUGCUGGUUUUGGCGUGCCAUCCGAUUCAGCGGCGGUUUGAGCUUCUUGCCAGCAUUCGCAACUCUCCUUCCGGUUGGACGAUCGCGUCUGUGUGGUUUUUAGCGGCUCUGGACACCAUCAUCUUGGCCGGUGCGAAUGGCGAGUUGGCUGCCGUUCGUCACGAAUGCCUCUCGUACAACCACGCGCAAAAUGCCCUGCUUUCCGACGUCACUGCUGCUGCUGCUGCUCCUCCGUCGGUCAUUGAUUUGUCCCCACAGCUGCAACUGCUUUCCAUGACGAUUCCGAUGAGUGCCUGGGGUGAAUUGGCCAGCGAAAGGACCGACACGGCAAUCACGCCGUCGGUGGCGUCUCGGGCGGUCGGGUGGCUCUCGACCUCGGCGCCCGUCAAUGCGUUUGGGUGGUUGCUCAACAAUCUGGGCGUUCCCUGGCGUCCGCGUGGCAUGCCAGCCAAUCCCACUCCGACGACGACUGCCACAGGCGAAAAUCAGCCCUCCAGCGAUUCCUCCGAUGCUCUUUCGCUCUCAAGAGUUGUGCGCUCGGCUGGAAAUGCUCUGCCUUGGCGCAUCCGGCAAUCCGUCGAUCCGAUUGUCUCGUUUGUGGACGUUAUUGCGCGCACGACGACCGGAGGGCUGCAUCCAGCCGUGUCGACUCCAUUGUCCACGAUCGCCGUGUUUGUUUGCGCGAGUGGUGCAGUUGGUGUUAUUCGACGGUUGAGCGACGCUCAAUUCCGGCUGGUUCGGCGGUUGCAUCGCGCGAUGGUGGCGCGUGGUGUCGGGUUUAUGCCUCCGGUGCCAAAUGUGGCGUCCGCGGCCCAUCUGAACCUGGAACGAGCCGGUGCAUUGCGCUUGACCCCGGACAAGCUUGCCGUACUGCGGUUGACGAGUCUGCUCCAACAUGUAGCCGCGGCUCGUCAGCCCACGACCAGCUCGUCGCCAGAGGCCAGUUGGCCAUUGGUCCGGAGACGCGCGGGAUCAGAUGCUGCUGCUGCUGCGGCUGCUGCUGCUCCGUCUCAGCCGCAAAGCACGCAUUCGUUGGUAAUGUCUGACGAGCUUGACCUUGCUUCGAGUUCACUGUCGGAGGCACCUCCAUCUCUUGGCGUUGAUGGCUCGCUUGCACGCCCGUUGCUUGAUUUUACGGUGGGCGGCGAGCAACCGCACGUUGCUGGAGCUGCUCCCGUGCACCUGAUUGACGGCGACUAUCUCGCCUUGUUCUUGAUCAUUUCUCGGCGGCUGCAAGAGGCGAUUGCCGCUGACAUGGACAUGCCGGUGGCCGAGGUGCUUGUCGAACUGGAAGAGAUUGAGCGGUUGGACGAUUUGUAGAAGGCAGGGCGUUUGGAUUGUAUUCACACAGAUCAACAAACAAAUGCCAAAGUUAUUGUAAUCUGGUCACACAGUACCCCACAAGCCCAGGAGUUGACACGACUUUUGAAACUGGCGCUGUAAAAUUAAUGUUCUUGUUUUCAUUGCACAAUACAUUGUUCCCGCA